GUUUUGCUUGUCAGUUUGGUUAGGUUUUACGAUUUCGAUUUUCUUUUCAUGCUUUCUUUUUCUUGAAUGAAUCUUAAAAAGAAAGUUGCCGAAAGGAAUGUGAAUACUUUUUAUUAUCAUAUACCCCUGUAAUAUAUAUUUUAAUCGAACUACAAUGAGUGCUGGAAAAAAAGGUCCCAAUAUUUUGGUGACAGGAACACCAGGAGUUGGGAAAAGUAAAUUAUCUCAAGCUCUGGCUGAAAAGACUGGAUUAGAAUGGCUUGAUGUCAGUUUAAUGGCAGUAAAAAACAAGUGUCUAGAGGAAUUUGAUCAACUAUAUAAAUGCGAAAUCUUGGACGAAGACAAGUUACUCGAUCUGAUGGAAAAGCCAAUGAGCGAAGGAGGAAAAAUUGUAGAUUACCACGGAGCUGAAUUUUUUCCCGAGCGUUGGUUCGACAUAGUUUUUGUCUUAAGAACCGACAACACAAUUCUCUAUGACCGAUUAAAGGCUCGAGGCUACAGUGGAAAGAAAUUGGAGGACAACAUUGACUGUGAAAUAUUUCAAACAAUACUCGACGAAGCGAAGGAUUCCUACAAAGAAGACAUCGUUCACGAAUUAUACAGUAAUACACCAGCGCAGAUGGAAGAAAAUAUGAACAGGAUAUGUACCUGGAUCGAUCAGUGGAAAAUAGAUAAUCAAGCUUCGUAAAAUACACAUUUUGUACUUA